AUGGUGCACCCGAAUAGGUUUCCCAAAGUUGUUGUAAGUAAUGAUACAAAACCAGAUGUAGUGAAGGAUGAUGUUAAAUCAGUUGUUAUCGAGAUAGAUGUUGGUCAACAUUUUAGAAAUGAACAAGUAUUUAGUGCUCAUGAACAUAUGCUUGAAUGGGUCUGCAUGGAGGCCAAGAAAUUGGGGUUUGACAUUGUAAUCAAAAGGUCUGACAAUGGUUCAAAUAGAAGGAAACCAUUUGUAACCAUGAGAUGCAAGAGAAGUGGCAUGUAUAUUCCACCAAUUCGUAAGUUGAAACGUGAUGACACCUAA